GUAAAAACAAAAACAGUUUUCAUUCCUGGGAAAAGAAAACGAGUAAAGCAGAGUUGAUGACAUCCGUAUGCACUCAGCUGGUUCUGCUGGCAAACACGGAAACGUACAGUUUGAUCUUAUUGGUCAGCUGCAGCCCUGCAGUCUAUAAAACGCACCACAGGAGUUCCGGUGCCGAGACUGUCUGCAGGCGCAGGGCAGCAGCACAGCGGAGCGCACGAACUGAGCCAAAAGAGACCUGUUACGGACGAAGCGAGUGGACAAAGAGGAGUGGGUCCUUUUCUCUAGCACUACACUCCUGACUGCACCUAGCCCACACAUCCCACUCUCUGGUGGGACCAUGUGGGUUCUGGAUAAGAUCCGCGGUACGGUUGAGACAAGUGUGCAGCGGCAGGGGGAGAACGUGGACAAGAAAGGUGUUGCCCCAGCCUACAGCAACGUCCUCACCCCUGACAAAAUCCCUGAAUUUUUUAUUCCUCCAAAGCUGGUCAGCUGCCCUCCAGAACCCGACAUUCCUAAUCCGAAGGCCAAAGGGGGGCUGGAACCAUCCCCCUCAGAGCAAACCAUUGGCAGUGGGAGGAAGAUCAGCAGCCCAAGAAGCCCACGUCUGGUGGCCAAGAUCACAGGAGACACCAAGAACUUGCUGAGAGCAGCAAACCGCCACAUCAUACAGAUAGAGAGUGCAGAUGAUGUCAUAGCUGGUGACACCAAUGCAGACCCACAGUCGCAGACAGCUAUGUCCCUCCCUUAUGUUCCCAAAACUCAAACAUCUUAUGGCUUUGCAACCUUGAAGGAAAGCCCUCACACUCGUCGUAAAGAGUCACUGUUCCACUGCGAGCUUACCAGUCCCAUGACUUCCCCAAACAUCCAGAGGAAGACUCCUGGGAAGGGCUGUGAAGGAGGAAACCAUCUGAAUCCAGCUGACUGCAACACCUCUCACAUGAAUCCUUAUCGGUACUUCAGCGGUGGAGAGAGUGACACCUGCUCCUCAGCUGAGUCUUCCCCCUUCAGUUCUCCUCUGCUCUCACGCUCUGCCUCCCUGCUCAAAAUCUUCACCCAUGAGACACAAGCCAAAGUCGUGAAAGCCAAGCGGACGUUUGCUCGUCACAGCUCCCUGUCCACUGACGAGUGCAGCUCAGCUGAGCCAAGCCCCAACAUCCAGCGACGGCUCCAUGUCCCAUCCUUUCACGGUGGAGCCGGAGCAUCUGACCACAGCCUCUACCGGGAGCACACCAUCAAUCUGCACAAAGGCGGGAUUGUGAGGAUCAAUGUCAACUAUGACUCCAGCACCUCCCGUCUGCUCAUCCGGGUCCUGGCAGCAGAGAGUCUUUACGAUAAACACUUUGACAUCAAAAGCAUCAACUGCUGCGUGUCCAUCUACCUGAACCCGAGAAAACUCCAGAAGCAACGGAGCAACAUAAUCAAGAACAGCCGCAACCCGGUUUUCAAUGAGGAUUUCUUCUUUGACUCGAUAAGCUCAGUUCAGGUGAAGAACCUAUCAGUGAAGUUCAAGGUGGUGAACAAAGGGACCAGCCUCAAAAGAAACACACUGCUGGGAGAGCGAGAGGUGCCUCUAACAAAGCUGCUCCCAGGGCUGUAAAGUGACCUGGAGGUCAAAGAAGGCAAAAACCAAGGAUACCAACUGAAACUUAAGUGCUUUGCACUGGUUUCUACACAGUCUGCUCCUUUUAUUCAGAUAAAUUAAAGCAGUGACAAUAAAGAAUUGAAAACAAAGGCUUUCUAAGAACAGACAGAUUCGUAGAAAGAAGAUAGGCUUCACAAAACCAUUCCCUUGACGUAGGUGGCUGGAUGACGGAUUUAUGGUUGAGGUUUGCCUGGUUCCUUCUCCCAAUAAUGAGUGCUCAUUAAACCAAGCUGCCCUCGAGAGCAACAGAUGAACAUUUAUUUAUUUUUUGGCCAUCUUCCAGCCAGUUUCCUCAGCCAGGUUUGGUUCUAACAUUGGACAACAGCUGUGCAUCAACUGGUCUUGGUGUCCUUGCCUGCGAUGUGUUCAUCAUGUGUUUCAUGCUUUUAUUAUUGUAAUACUGACCCAUAUCUGCAGCAGCACAGGAUGUAAUUCUACAUUAACUACAUAUGUGUUCUGCACAGAGAUGCUUUUGUCAAUCAGUGUGAUCUUUGAAGUGGCACUGAUGUGCAAAUGAUCCUUUGAUCACAGUUGCCAUGGCCCACCUCCUACAGGGACGGGGGGGCAAACAGAGCAGUCACAAUAGUCACAUUUACAUGAACAUCAAAAAGAAAAUUAUAAUGCCAUUUAUAGCAAAAGUAAGAGUAAAGCCCAUGAUCACUCUAAUUUGAUUCUGUUAGUGUCAAUAUGCUCUUUCUGAAAGAACUCAAAGCCCCGUAACAUGCAGUGGAUGUAAAAGUGCCUGUUUUGUCUGUAAAACUAAAUCUGCCCUGUGGAGUUUUUUUUUUAGUAAACACACAAAAUUUAUAUUGCCAUUCACUGUUUUUCUCUUAAGGCAUUGCGUGUAUCCCAAAUGUGCUGAAUGCAUUGUUUUACUCAUGAAACAACUUUUUCAAUACUUUAAAUCCUGCAUUGUUUAUAUCAGUGUUCAUUUGUGAACAUGCUCCUUUGCUUUCCAAAUGAACAAAUGCUUCUGUUGGGUCAUUGCUGCCUUUGCUAUUGUGUUAUAGCCACUGUAAGUAAGCAGAAUAGCAUUAAAUCAGUGGCAGGAUGAGAACAAAACAAAAUAAAACAAAUAAACCUUACUCCAUAGUGAUGCUAGUGGCCAAAAAAUUCCACAGGGCACCUUUAAAGUUAGUUCUUUUCAAAACACAUUUUAAAAAUCUGCCUGUGCAUUGUAAAAGUAUUUGACAAAUCCAAAACAAAUAUACAGGUUUUAAGUAAAUAAAAGUACAAUGAAAUUAAAUUUGUGAUUCUAAUGCAACGUUCAAAUUUGAAUUUUUAGAAUCAUUUUGAAAGGAGUUUAUCUCUGGAAACCAGUUGAAAUAUUAUUGUAGCAUUUGCAAAUUUCACUUAAAAAGGGUUUUACAACUCCAUUAUAGACAAAAAUUACUCAAUAAGAUGAGAUCUUGUGCAGUGUGGGGUACCUGGAUUUUAAUGUCUUUAUAAAACAACAUUUAUUAAUUACAUGAAAUCUAAUUCAUUGAAUUAAUGAACGUAGAGGAGGUAUCUGAGAAACUUCCAGGACAUUCAAGCUGCAGCCUGUCACACAUGCCUCAUCCAGUGUGGGCACCAUGAUUAAAUCUUGCGCAGCUAGGCAACGGGCUGUUUCCACAUGGAUGCACCAACAUCUUUGCUCUGCAUUCAGACCAGUUGACAUCACCUUAGUAUUAUUCUGUACAAAUUCUCCAGGAAACCUGUAGCAGAGAUGAUUUUUCUUUCCAUUCUGCUUUGCUCAAUUCCCUCAGGAUCACUUGUUGCCUAACUCGCAGUAGAUAUCUAAAAUGUCCAGCUUCUAAGAUGCUUAAAUUGAUCCCUCUCUCCAACAUUUUUUUAAGUAGUCCUUGAAGGUUAGUACUCCACAGAAACAGUCUAAUAGAUGUAAACCUGUGCUUUAACUGGUGUUUUAACUGCCUUUGGAUUCAUUUAGAUUGCAGUGAGACAGCAAACAAUGUUUUGAAAAGUCCCACUUUUACGGUGUGAUCAAAUUAAAUACAUCACUCAUGUAAACAGAAUUUAACAGUCCUCAGUUUAUGCAACCAGACUGUUGCCUUUGUCACAGCAAAGGUAAUAGACAAAUACAGUACUUAUGUGCAUGUAAAUGUAUUAAAUGUCUCAUAUGAGAAAGAGUAGCACACUGGUCACAGUGCAGAGUACCAGUUGCAUGGCAUGGGCAUGUCAGUAACACACUGGUGUUUGCAUCACAUGCUAAAAGUUUUAUGAAACCCUAAAGCCUUAGCCCACUACAGUAUGUGUAUGAGAGACAAAGUGUGUGUGUUUUGACUGGCAUGACAUUGUCUAAAGUUAUUAAAUUUCUAUGUAGUAUUUAGUUUUAAAAACUUUUAAAUGGUUUGAUUUAAUAUGUCUGAUGGAUUUGUACUAUAUAUAAUUAUAUAUGUACGAGAAACGAGUACAUAUGUGUCAGUGAAAUGCCAAUUAUGCACCAGCAAGUGAGAAGUACUGAAAGAGAGGCAUUUUAAUUAUGUCUGUCUCAACUUCAUUGAAGCCCAGGUAAAGAAACAGAAAUGUCAAGAGCAAAAUAUGAACAAAAGGAAAAAAAGGAGAAAGAUAUUGUAUUUUGACAUGAACAUCAGCCCUCUCGUCUUUCGGUGUACUCUGCUGUUCUUCUGAGGGUUUAGAAGAAAUUGCAUGUGAUUGCAGCCUCAAGUGCUCAGUGGAUGAGAGCGACUACAGAGAGCAAAGCAGUCAGAGACGACAAAGUAAUGCAAAUUAGUGAGGCGUCUUACACACUGCCCCAAAGCUUCUGUUGAGUUCUGUGGGGAUUCCUCUCACCUGGUGUUUGUAGCUCACUUGUAGCACUGCUAUUGAUAUUCUCCAUAUACUUUAUACACCGUGACACUGCUGGCUGGUUUUGUGUCAAAGUCUGUGACCUGUUGUUAUCCCUGUUGUAUACUAAUGUGGAAACAUACAGUGCCUGCUCAAACCUUUUGUGAGGUUUCUUCUAGCAUGAAAAUACGUCGG